CCUGCAAACACACACCGUCUCUUGGCGAACAUGGCGGCAACUUGACAACGGCAGCGAGAAGAAGACGGUGAGGGCUUGAAAAAGAAAAGAGGUCUGUCAGCUUACAGGCUGUAGGGCCCAUCCGCCGAAACAAAGGCAGACGGCUUCGCCAUGUUGGAAGAGGAUAGCGCCCUUGUCCCUGCAAGACCGAGGCCAGGGAAAACGUAAACGCGUCGGUGAGGGUUUCUAAAAACGGAGUCGAGGCUACGCAGAGAGGAGCGGAGCGGCGCGGCGCGGAGCUCAGGGCGGGCGGGAGGACAGCGGCUUCACCGGUCAGCCAUGGAGGAUGCGGCCCGUGGUCGCCAGCGUCUGAUUUCCCAUCCGGCCCACGCUCAUUUUAAUGGGAAUUACCGCUGAUCGCAAAGGCAAAGCCGGGACAAGCCACCACCUGACAUCUGAGGGGAAGAAAACGCGAAGCGGACCCCCACGUCAAUGACUGUUGCGGCAGAGGAGCCCCCACGGUGGAGUCGGCCGGUUCCCAAAAUAUGACCAGGGGUGCUGGGACGUGUUGGCAGCAAGAAGAUGACGACGGCUUCCAAAUCUGGCUAGAGCCCCCCCGCGACAACCAAAAGCCAUUCACCGACUCCGAGAGGGCGCAGAGAUGGCGACUGUCCUUGGCAUCCCUCUUGUUCUUAACCAUCCUCCUCUCUGAUCACCUGUGGUUCUGCGCCGAGGCCAAACUGGCCCGGACCCGGGUCAAGUUCGCAUCCUCCCACCUUCUCUCACCCCAGACCCACUCAGCACACAGCAGCCUCAGAGGAAACCCAGAUGCUAUUUUUAUAGGAAACUCUACCAAACAUUUGUGGCGGCUUGAAACUUGCCACCAGGAUAGUUUAUCUAAAAACUGCUUUACUUUCGCAGAUGCCGACAAUUUGUGCGGGGGCCUUUCCGACAAAGAGGGGACGCGGGCUGUAAAUAUGAGCGAUUUGUACCUUUCCUUUUGUAACUCCUACUCUCUGCUGGAUUUGUUUUACGGGUCGACAAGUCCGGACAAUUUAAACUGCAGCCUCGACGUGCUCGGCGAUGGCGACACAACCAGAUGCAGCCUGUGCGUCCAGGCGUACCAGCGCUACGACCAGCACGCCCAGGAGAAGUACGAGGACUUUGAGCUCCUGACUCAGAAAUAUGAGCCGGGGGCAUAUUCAGUGAGGACGUGCAUGGAGCAGUGCAAGACGGCAUAUAAGCCCUGGCUGUGCGCUCAGUAUUUCCCCACCACCCAGCUGUCCUGUCAGAGGAAGGUACCGUGCCACCAGUACUGCCUGGAAGUCCAGCAGAGCUGUCCGUUCAUCCUGCCCGAUAACGACGACCUGAUCCACGGCGGCAGCCCCAGCUUCAUCUGCACAGGGAUCUUGGCAGAUCAUCUAUCAGACAGUGAGGCGGAGUGCUGCGACGUCCGAUGGGACUCCAAAAUGGACAACCCUUCAGGCGGGACACUAAAAAGGACUGCUUCUUCCUGCCAGCCCGAGGGGGCCUCGGUCACCUCCGCUGCCACCCCGAGACUGUGCAGCGGGCGACUGAAGAUCUGCCUGCUGGCCCUCGUCCUCCUACACACUGUCAUCAUCAUUUCAGCCUCCCAUAAUUCUACGUUGGUGGGCGUGGCUGCCAUUUUCUCGCCAGAGGAGAGUGCUUCUAAUGAGGAGUGAACUUUGGGGUUGAAUUUGGUGCUUGAAAAGUGUGAUGUCGCUCGAGAGGAUUAUGGCUUUUACAAUGUCAUGGCUGCCAGGGACACAUCUGGCGAGACAUGCUGGAGAUGCCUCUACAAUCUGCCCGCUGAUGAACCAUCAACCACAGGAAGUGGGAGGGUUUUAACUGGAGCUGAGGGUGCUGGGAUUGGACAUCGGCCGAACGGAGAUGUUUGAGAACCGACCCCGUAAAGAACUGACCUCUUGCCACUUGAAACCUGCUCAUUGUUUCUAAUCCAUCCAAAUGUUUUCUAGCAUAUUGUCCCUCCUCUCCCUCACUCCCUCCCUCCCUCCCUCUGUCCCUCCCUCCCUCCCUCCCUGGCGUUUUCGGCGUGUAUGGAUGGCACGUCAGAGGAAAAACGGACAUUGAUGAAGUGUGCGCUCUCCCUCAUCAUUACCUUUAGAUUUUUGCUGCAUUUCUUUCAGGUGCCAGAAUGUUUUGACAUAUCAACUGUGUUCCACUUCCUACUCUCCAUCACCUUAGAGGCAUCUUCUUACUACCUUGUAUGUGAUGUUGCUCGAGGGUCUGUCAGGACCAGCUCAUCCAUCAUUCAUGUGGGUCUUGUUUCCCUGAAAACAAAAUGUAUGUGAUUCUUCUAUAUUCUACUGUUCAGCUUGUAUUUUGUCCCACCAGACCUUUUCUUAACCCCUUACGACGGUACACGUUUUAGGACCUUAAGUGCUCUAAGGCUGGCUCGCUUUCUCUUCUAACUUGUUGGGCCAUUGAGCAAGUUAGGAGUGAUAAAGUGGCAAAGGUGGUGACGGUUCAGCUGACGAGUUCAUGCUGAGCUUAGUCUCCACCAUGCAGUGCUCCUGGACAGGAAGUGGUGUUCUCUGGUUUCUAAAGUGUUCGGUUUACCUCAUACGGUAGUGUCUGUGUUGCAGACAGGCGGCCCAGUGACUUGUCUCAACGCCGCAGAGAGUAUUUAGAGUAGUCGUACACGAGACUGCAGGGACAACCCAGGGACACUAGAGAACAGUUGCAUGAUGCCAAAACACCAGAGGCCUCAUUUAUCAACCGCAUGUACGCUCGUUUCUACACACAGAGUCCAACUCAUUCUUUUGCUUUUCUGUUUUUAUUUGGAAACACCAAACCUUUGGAGUGGAAUUAGAUUAAAGUCACAGUAAAACGGAAGUUAGAGCGUCUUUGGUUUCAGGUUUGGAUUAGUUAUGAGGGGUUGCACACAGAGAGGGGUGUAAAUCAAAUCCUACAGAUGUGAUUGGAUCACUCAAAAGUUGACGUAGCUUAGAAUAUGGCGCAAUGCAGAGCGUUGGAGCUACAGGACCGUCGGCCUCCAUCACCACCUCCUUCACCAACUUUGUUGAGACAAAGUCAGUAACAAAUUAAAUAUACCCGGCACACAAAGAUGGCGGCGCGGGUAAAAGAGCCAGGCUCACGCGUGGCUCACUCCACUAGAAACAUCUCCUAUGAAUGCACAGUAGGGAGCAGAUUUUAGAGUUUAUUUUCUAUAUAUAUAUAUAAUGUCGUUCCGUAAUAUCGGCAGGGAAAAACAUUUGGCAAUCUUCAGUUGUCGAUAGUCAGUCGUCACAAGCUUAGGCACAAUAUUCUGUCAACACAUUACGUUUGAAUGGUAAGAAGAUGUUGAUGAAUUGUGCAAACCACAAUACUUGCAGUCAUGCAUUCGCUUGUAAUGACGAGUUCCAAGACAACAAAUGAAUUGAGAAAACAGUGGAUGUAGGAUGACAUAAUGUAAGGUGAAAUAAGACCAGCAACAAUGCAGGAACACAGACUUAUGUACACAAAUCUGUUGCCCGCUGAUUUCUUUCUUUUUCUUUUUUUAAACAGUUCCUACGCACACGUUUCGAACUUGUUCUACACUCGGUUUGAUAAAUGAGGCCCCAGAUCUUUGAGUGCCUCUCUGCUGCGUACGCCCAGUGAGGCAGAAACUGGCAAUGGAGCAAUAUAGAAAAUAAAAAAACAGUGGCUGUUAGUGUCCUACUUUGUGGCAUCUUCACUACUGUCGCCUCAGCUUUUCUGUAUCGUAGAGUAGGUGCAAGUUGACCAGCCAGCCAAUCAAUCAAUCAGUCAGUCCGUCGACUCUUAAAUACCCUUAGACGAGCUGAUCAACCGCUAUCUCUCACAGACUAGCAAAGGGCUGUGUCAGUGUCAGCGUGCGAGGAGUGUGAGGAGUAUUCAAGGGCUGAUCCAUCCGAUUUAUUUAUUUAUUUUUGCAUAGCUGCUGCCGGUAAAGUGCACAUUGACAUAAGGACAGGUCACGCAGGGAUUAAGAGUACUUUAAACUCCUCAUUUUUAGCUAGGAAUGCACUGAGAGAUUGGACAAAAAAAAGAAGAGAUUUAUCCAAUAUUAAAAUCUGAUACCGCGAGCAACUAGUGAUACACCAAAAAUGAACGCUAAGGACGCUAAAUCUCUUUAAUGAAGCAGUUUUUUUUGUCCUCCAUCCUGGUAGCCUCAAAUGAUCCCCAUUAACAGCUUGACCUUACCUCGCCUCACAACACUCAACAACCAUCGGUUUGCUCUUCACACACACACACACACACACACACACACACACACACACACACACACACACACACACACACACACACACACACACACACACACACACACACACACACACACACACACACACCAGAGUGGGAUGUCCUGUGGAAGUCAAGUCUACACUUGCCCCUGGAUUUUUAUAGACUUUAGCCCCCUCAUCCCCCAGUUUACUCUCUGAUCCCCUGUUGCUUGAUAUUCUCCUGUGACGUGUUGUUUCGUUGGUUUGUUUUACUUGACAAGCUGUGAUGACGAGAACUACAUUCCCUUGAAGACAGCAGCGGAUGUAACAGGCCCACACUUUGUGCUUCGUCCCUUCGAUCUCUAGCUGUUCACGAUCUGAGUCCUGUGGAUCUAUGCAGAUGAACCCCACGCCAAACUAACAUCCACCUACCCUCCCUUCCCCCUUGCCCUUUGUGUUGUAAAUAUGUCCUGAGGAUGUGGGAUCCCAAAAUGGCC